AUGAAAAUAAGUACACUUGACAAAAAAAGAAAUAUUGUUGUUUUUAUUUUACUUUGCUAUUGUUAUAAAUGUAUGGUGUUUGUAUCAAUUAAUAUGCUUCUAUAUCACAAAAUAUUAGUUUUGGCAACAAAUGAGUCAACUGCAGAAACAUCCUUUAGUAUUGAAAAUGAACAUCGCAGAGAUAGUCAACAGUUUUUCAAUCUAGAAGAAAUAGAAGAAGAAACCAACCAAGAUAAACAGACGCAAGAAACUUCAGAUCUGCUAACAAAUAAGUCAACUGUGGAAACAUUACCUGGUAAUAAAAAAAAAGAUGGCGUGGACAAUCAACGGUUAUUGGAAUCUAAAAAAAAUAAAAAAAAACUUAAUCGAGAUGAAAAGAUUGAAAAAAAUUGUAAAUUUUUAAUGAAAAUGCUUAAAGUCUCAAUAAUUAUUAUUAUAAUAUGCUUUUCAGUGGUGGGAGUUUUUUGGUUUUUGGCUUUUAUAAGUAAUCAUUUUGGUAAUAUAGAUAAACAAAACGUGUACUCGUCACAUUCUAUGCUUUAUAUGAAUACACAUCACGAUCAAAAUAAAAAUAUAAAUGAAAUCAGUCAAAUUCAAAACAUUAAUGGAUGUAACCGAAGAUUUUUAAACGAAAAUCCCCCCGUCAAUAUUUAUAAAAAUUAUCAUACUGAAGAAAGAUGUGCUUGUAGUAUGAUCUUGGAUAGCGUAUAUAGGUUACAAAAUAAAAAUGUAAGAUCAUUAUCUUCAGAAGAAGGUGCUAAGUUCCUUAAAGCUAUGUAUAAAAAAGGACCGUUUUUUGCAGAAACAUUAAAUAUUAACUAUUUUUUGUGUGAGCACGAAAAUCAUAAUUCAAUAAAAAAUUUUACUAGCGUUUGGAUUAAGGGAUGGGAAUUUGGCAAGCAAAAGUUAGACUAUUUUAUGAGUGAAGAACUUUAUUUAUUUUAUCCACAAAACUUAGAAUUUUCUAAUGACACAAUAAAAAGUGACAUUAUUGAGGUUGACAAAAGUGUAUCAAAAGAUUAUUGUCACUCUAACAAUAAUUUUGAUAUAAGCUUUUUUUACGAAUUGUUUGUAAAAAACUUUGCUUUAUCAAAUACCAACUUAGUUAUUAAAACUGGAAGUAAUUUUGACGAAAAAAAUUCAUUUUUUGCCAUAUUAAAAAUGUGGAAUGCUCAUUUAGUCAAUCUUUUUCAACAAGAUCAGGAAAAUAAAAGCUAUGUUCCUUCAUUUGUGCAGUGGAUGUUAGGUUUGGAAAAAAUACAUUCGCUUUUGCUUAAUAAAAGCGAAGAAUUAGAUUCUCAACAAAAAAUUGCAAUUAAAAAUUUAAAUUUUGUAAUUAAUCAAGCAGAUAAAUAUAAAAAUCUUUUAGAAGAAUAUAUCAAACAAAGAUUUGGUAUUCAAGAUUCACAAUUAGAAUCUUUUAAAAGGUCUGACUACCGUUUUGAACGGCUUUUAGAUAUAUUUUUUUAUGGUGCUUCUCAUGAUUUAAUUUAA